AUGCCGCUCCCAGCAACGGCACUGGAAAGCUUUGACCACUCCGAUAUUGCCCAUUCGCGCCAUGAGCAUCCCGGCGCAGACCAAAGCCUCGUCCAGGUCUACCACGACGCCGGCAAAGGAACUCCCAGGCCGCAGCCAUGCGGCCACCGUUCGAACCAGACGCCAGUAAUCAUGUAUCCCUUGAGGCGUAGCGCAAAAAGGCAACCUGGAGAGGUGUGGUCAUCUGCUGUUGUGGCUGCUCGGAAUGCCGACGCCCAACCCACCCACGAUGGCGCCCCCGGCGGCACUGGAGCCCAGAUCCCUAUUCCCCACUACCCGUCUCACCGCAAGAUUGGUUGGUACGGUGAAAGUGCCUACAUCAGCAACGGCCAGAUCGCCACGCGCACAGAUAGACCCUAG